AAGCCCGCGGAGUUUCCGUGUCCUGUGACUGCAGUCAGGUGGUGGCUGGAGUCUCCUGCUUCCCUCCCACUCUCCGUCCCGCUCCGUCUUCCCCCGCCCGGCGAGGGCCGGCCCUGCGGGGAGCCGGCUGGGGAAAGUUGGAGGAAAGUUGGUGGCUGGGAAAGUUUAGAAGCGGGAGAGCCGCGGCCCCGACAGCCCGGCCUCCUCGGGAGGGAGGGAGGGCCGAGGAUGGCCGGCGGGGAAGGAUCGGGAUGCGGCGUGCCGGAGUGCCGGGAGCACCUCUUCAAGGUGCUGGUGAUCGGAGAGUUGGGCGUCGGCAAAACCAGCAUUAUCAAGCGCUACGUGCACCAGCUCUUCUCCCAGCACUACCGGGCCACCAUCGGCGUGGAUUUCGCGCUCAAAGUCAUCAACUGGGACAGCAAGACCUUGGUGCGGCUGCAGCUGUGGGAUAUUGCAGGCCAGGAGCGCUUUGGAAAUAUGACCAGAGUAUACUAUAAGGAGGCAGUUGGUGCUUUUGUGGUCUUCGAYGUCACAAGAGGCUCUACUUUUGAGGCUGUUUCAAAAUGGAAGCAUGAUUUGGACAGUAAAGUACUACUUCCCAAUGGCAGCCCCAUCCCUGCUGUUCUUCUUGCAAACAAAUGUGACCAGAAGAAAGAUGGCAGCCAGAAUCCAUCUCAAAUGGACCAGUUCUGCAGAGAAGGUGGCUUUGUUGGAUGGUUUGAAACAUCUGCCAAGGACAACAUCAACAUAGAYGAAGCUGCUCGAUUCUUGGUGGAAAACAUCCUUGCCAAUUACAAGACCUUUCCUAAUGAAGAGAAUGAUGUGGGGAAACCAAAACUGGACCUAGACCCAUUGAAAGCAGAGAGUAAAUCACAGUGCUGCUAAUGCUACCACCAUUCAGUAAAAUGUGAUGGGAUGAGCAGCGAGACUUUGCCUUAAAUCAAAAUGCUGCUAUGGUGCUGCGUUGUGACAAUCCAUACGGGGUGUCUGGUACUAUCUGAAUUGGUGACUCAUUUGGGUGUUUACAUAUUCUCGUUUAGCAUGAAACUGAGUAUCUUGUGAGUUAUCAUUCCAUUUGCUUGAGWGUCUGCAUCUAAGUCUGAUUAGUGUCUUCUUACUUGAGAACAUAAGGUAGUGUUUACACUCCUAAAAAGUAACRAAGACAACAUUCAGUGUCUAGUUUGCUUCUAGGACAUAUGCUACAUUUGAAAUAGGACUCACUUUUAGCUGAUUAGACUCUUGCACCUUUAAAGUAAACUUUGUCACCAUUAAUGUCCCACUUGAGCCUUCUCACCAGCACAAUUAUCCCUAUUUAUUAUCCCCACCAUGAGGAUUUCAUUGCUCGUUCUCCUGGAUCAAGAUAUGCCAGAAAUCUUGAAGGGGCCAAUGAUAGAUGGGAGGUAUCUUUCCUACUGUGAUCCCUAAGACUAAGUGGAGUAGAUGGCUUUUGCCACUGAGUAAAAACAAAACACACAAACUACUGUGUUUAACAAGGGAAAGACAUGGUUAUAGAGAUACUAAUAAAAAUGCAUUUCCAGCUAUUUAAGGCUGAAUAUUUUCAGCUAAUACUUCGCAUAUGAAACACAUUAAUGAAUGCAGUUGUACUGCUGGCACAUAGUUAUGGUAACCUCACCCCUGUGCACAUCCAGAAAUAAACAUCCAGUAACUUUUUCAUGCACUAACACUGAGAACUUUACCAAGCGUGCAAAAAGUAGGUAUCUUACCAUCCUACGAUGAGGAGCUUGCUUCUUUUUUCUUCUGUCUAGAGAUUGAGGGAAAUAGCUUAAUUGGUUCAUGCUAGUCUGUCAGCCCUUCUGCCCCAAGCUCUAUUUUGUCAGUUUUAGAACAGUGCUGUACUCUUGUCUGCUUUGAACUGAUGAACUGGCCUACCAGUUUGUAACUGUCCACUGAGAUGCUUGUGUUUCUUUGUUAUAACACUCAUGUAUUUUUGGCAGCAAAUGAAGUUCAAAAAGGUUAGAAAGAUUUCAUGGUUCAUGGAUGUGUUCUGGAACUCUGGCUCUGCUUGGCUCAAAGGCUUUGAAGCUCAUCUUUAUUUUAAGGGUUUCUUCUGUCCUGAUACCUCAUUGCUACUGACUUCAGAAGUCAUAUCAUGCUGGGUUUGAUGGCAUUGAUGUUUAAGUAAACAUCAGAAUUAGGUAUAUGCAGGAUUUGAUAUACUUUAAUCUGUAUUGAGAUUUCUUAGGCUGUCAUUUUUCUAAAGAGUAACAUACUUUUUAAGAGUUAAAUAAAAAAUAUAUUUGGGCAUCUUAUGUGUGUUGUUGGUGUGUACUUUUGAGAAUAUGAAUCCUCACAUAUGUUCCGCCCUAUACUCAAAUGCUUUCAUUGACAUUUGAAAACAAUUUUAUCUUGUCGUAUCUGCUAUGUUAAAGGCUUAUUUAAAAUUACCACAGUAAGGUUUGGCAUAAGAUAAAACUUGGUUUAUUUAGCUUAAAAUCCUAAAAUAAUUCAGAUUAAAGGGAUAUUAGUAUGCCUUUUAAACCAAUGUCUUUCUCCACGCAAGGUCAUAGCAUGGUGCUUAGGUGUUCAUGUGAUCUGGUCUUACCCUUCAGCAGUGGAGACUAUAUGGCCCUGGGAAAGUUGUUUCAUGCCUGACUGUCCUCAAGAGCUGAAAAUACCAUAAUCUUCCCAUGCAAUCACUUGAACAGCUCCAUAUAGACUGCAAGUUCCCUUUUGAUCAGAUGKUUAAUCUCCACUGUACUGUCUCUUUUUAAAUUUUAAUUAAAGCUGCACAAAUGUAAAUUCCUACUUUACCUCCAGAGGUAGUUUCCCCAGCUAUAGUUGAUUUUUUUGUUUGUUUUAGUGUUUAGAUUCAGCAGCAGACUGGAGACCAAACUCCAGCUUUGCAACUCUACCUGAAUGCAUGACUCUUACCUGGGUCCUGUCACUGACAGGUAAUCCUAUGCAGGUUAUUUUCAAGAAUGUCUAAAUUUUUGCUUAAAGAGUUACUGCUGUUAUAUUUAAGCCCUUUCCUUGUUCUAUACAUAGCUUCUAUAUCUCUGCAUGAAUGUACAGUGGCCAUGACACUCAAACUGUUGGACUGUACUGGUUUUGAUAAAGGUUAUCACUGCUGAGACCAGUAGUAUAAAAAGAAUGUUUUCUAUCUACAUGAUGCAGUCUUUCUUUUUUUUUUUUCUUUUUUUUUUUUUUUUUUUUUUUUUUUUUUUUUUUUUUUUUUUUUUUUUUUUUUUUUUUUUUUUUUUU